GCCAGCCCUGCCGCUGCUCCCAACCCGCGGCGACGAUGGGCGAAGGGAUUUUCACCAAACUCUUCCAGAAAAGGUCGCUCCUCCGCUUGGUGCAGAAAUAUCAGCCCCUGGGAAGCGGCGAGGAAGAGGAGCCCGGCCAGGAGUGCGAGCUGACAAUAAUCGAGCAGGAGAAGGAGGUGGCAGUCCUGCCCCCGAAGGACGCCUGUAAAUGCCACAAGGAGGACUUGGCAAGAGCUCUAAAUGUUGAUUUACAGACUGGACUCUCUGAGUUUUCCGUGCUCCAGCGCCGGUCAAAACACGGCUGGAAUGAAUUUUCAGUAGAGAACACAGAGCCAAUAUGGAAGAAGUAUCUGGACCAGUUCAAAAACCCCCUCAUCCUCCUGCUGCUGGCCUCAGCUUUAGUCAGUGUCAUCACCAAGGAGUACGAGGACGCCGCGAGCAUCACCAUGGCUGUGCUCAUCGUGGUCACCGUGGCCUUCAUCCAGGAAUAUCGCUCGGAAAAGUCUCUGGAAGAGCUCAACAAGCUGGUGCCCCCCGAGUGCAACUGCUUAAGGGAAGGAAAACUGCAGCACCUUCUAGCACGAGAGCUGGUGCCUGGAGAUAUCAUCUACCUGUCUGUGGGGGACAGGGUUCCUGCAGACCUCAGGCUCAUCGAGGUUACAGAUCUGCUGGUGGAUGAAUCCAGUUUUACUGGAGAAGCUGAGCCUUGCAACAAGAGUGAGGGUGUGCUGCUGGAAGCUGGGGACAUCACCACGCUGAGCAAUGUGGUUUUCAUGGGGACCCUGGUGCGGUACGGGAAGGGAAAAGGCGUGGUUAUUGGCACGGGUGAAAAUUCCCAGUUUGGCGAGGUGUUCAAGAUGAUGCAGGCUGAGGAGACCCCCAAGACACCUCUGCAGAAGAGCAUGGACAGGCUGGGGAAGCAGCUCACCCUGUUCUCCUUUGGGAUAAUCGGUUUGAUAAUGCUCAUUGGCUGGUGGCAGGGGAAGAGUCUCCUCAGCAUGUUCACCAUUGGAGUCAGCCUGGCCGUGGCUGCCAUCCCCGAGGGCCUUCCCAUCGUGGUCACCGUCACCCUGGUGCUGGGAGUGCUGCGCAUGGCCAAGAAAAAGGUGAUUGUGAAGAAGCUGCCCAUAGUAGAAACCCUAGGUUGCUGCAAUGUCAUCUGCUCGGAUAAGACGGGCACCCUGACUGCCAACGAGAUGACGGUGACCCGGCUGCUGAGCUCGGACGGCUGCCAGGCUGAGGUCAGUGGGGUGGGCUACAAUGGAGAAGGAAAUGUUUAUCUUCUGCCAUCCAAGGAGAUCCUUAAAGAGUUCUCCAACAUCUCCAUUGGGAAACUUGUAGAGGCUGGCUGUGUGGUCAAUAACGCCGUGAUCAGGAAAAACAGUGUGAUAGGACAACCCACAGAAGGAGCUCUCAUUGCCCUGGCAAUGAAGAUGGAAUUAGCUGACAUAAAGGACAUUUAUGUAAGGAAGAAGGAAAUUCCAUUCAGCUCUGAGCAGAAGUGGAUGGCUGUGAAAUGCACACUGAAAAAUCAGGAUCAGGAGGAUAUUUACUUUAUGAAAGGAGCAUUUGAAGAAGUCAUCCAGCACUGCACCCUGUACAACAGUGGUGGCAUCUCAUUGUCCCUCACGCCCCAGCAAAAAGCCCUCUACCAGCAGGAAGAAAAGCGGAUGGGCUCCUCAGGACUUCGAGUCCUUGCUUUGGCUUCAGGUCCAGAACUUGGCAAACUAACAUUUCUAGGUCUGGUUGGAAUAAUUGAUCCCCCAAGGGCUGGAGUGAGAGAAGCUGUUCAAGUCCUGUUUGAGUCUGGUGUGGCAGUGAAGAUGGUCACUGGGGAUGCCCUGGAAACGGCUGUGGCUAUAGGACAGAAUAUUGGUCUGUGCAAUGGGAAGCUGAAAGCCAUGUCUGGGGAAGAGCUGGACCAACUGGCAGAGGCAGAACUCUCCUCCACUGUCCAAAAUGUUUCCAUUUUCUUCAGAACAAGUCCGAAACACAAAUUAAAAAUAAUAAAGGCCUUGCAGAGGGCUGGUGCUGUGGUGGCAAUGACAGGGGACGGCGUCAACGAUGCCGUGGCCCUGAAAUCCGCGGAUAUCGGGAUCGCCAUGGGGCAAGCGGGGACAGACGUCAGCAAGGAGGCUGCCAACAUGAUCCUGGUGGAUGAUGACUUCUCAAAAGUCAUGAAUGCAAUAGAAGAGGGAAAGGGAAUAUUUUACAACAUAAAAAAUUUUGUCCGGUUCCAGUUGAGCACGAGUAUUUCAGCUCUGAGCCUAAUUACCCUGUCAACAGUGCUCAACCUACCAAAUCCACUCAAUGCUAUGCAGAUCUUAUGGAUCAACAUCAUCAUGGAUGGGCCACCAGCACAGAGUUUGGGGGUUGAACCUGUUGACAGGGACACCAUCAAGCAGCCCCCCCGGUGCAUCACAGACACCAUCCUCAGCAAAUCCCUGAUCCUGAAAAUCUUCAUGUCAGCACUCAUCAUCAUCAGCGGAACCCUCUUUGUGUUCUGGAAGGAGAAUCCAAAAGGAGGCAUAACUCCUCGAACCACAACGAUGACUUUUACCUGUUUUGUGUUUUUUGACCUCUUCAAUGCCCUGACAUGUCGCUCUCAGACAAAGUUGAUAUUUGAAAUCGGCUUUUUCCGAAACCGCAUGUUCUUGUAUUCCGUGCUUGGGUCAUUUUUGGGACAGCUGGCUGUUAUCUACAUCCCUCCACUACAAAAGAUCUUCCAGACAGAGAAUUUAGGAGUGUUAGACCUGCUGUUCCUCACCGGCCUGGCUUCCUCAGUGUUCGUCGUGUCUGAGCUCGUCAAACUCUGUGAAAAGCGCUGCUGCCACCCAAAGCACACAAAGGGAUGUCACAACUGACUGAGACUGCUCUAAAAUACGCUUGGAACACAGCUGUGAUGCUGGAUAAUCCCAAUCCGUGCUUUGUGACCCACACUUCUUUCCUGAAGGUACUCAAGUGCAUCUGCACCCACAGCCCUUGCACCAGAGACUCUUCUACCCGCUCCGCGUGAGCUGCCUGCAGAAACCUCCAAAGUGGCUCCUGGUUUAAACCAAGAGCAGCUGUAUUUGUGGAACACUGAUCUGUGUUCCAAGAGGCUGUGCUAGUCCCAGGCAAAAGAAGAGUUUCACACCUGUACAGAAAAAUCUAUUGUGCAUAAACUGAGAUUUUAUUUAUUUAAAUCAAAAUCAUUUUUGUUAAUAAAAUCUACAUUUUAAAAUGUUGCUGACAAGUAUCUGAGUGAGACUCGUGAUUUAGACACAUCCUUUAAUGUUUAGUAAGAAGAGUGGAUAAGACCUGCCUUGAAGCAUUUCUUUUCCUUCAAUUUAUAGUGUUUGUGGAUUCCCAGAUAUCCAGGCCUGACUCAGCAAGCCUUUCAAGGAAGCAGUGGGGAGCUGACAAACAGAGCGAGGAGCUGAAGCAAACCCUCAGCUGUCAGUUUUUGUACCUGUGUGACCGACAGGAGAAAAAGGGAAGGCUGAUCAGACCCAACACCCAGCAGUGGAUGGAUUUAAUGGGGAAGGGACUCACUUCCACGAGAGCCUGAGAAUAAAGAUGAGUCUGGAACAGAGCAGGGAUGUGGAGCUUUGCAGCUGGAUCACAACUGCACAAAAAGGACUGAGCUGUUCAGAUCACAUCUAAACCCACUGCUCACAAAAGCCUUCUGGACAUUUUUAGGUGCAUGAGCAUGAAGCCCAGAUUUCUUAAUCGUUAGGUUCAGCUUAAAAGAAAAACUGAGUCUCUCCCAAGCCCAUCUUUUAUAUUGAAAGAAUAAUUUGUAAUAAUCCCAUCUGCUGGUUGGAUCAAUAGCAUCCUAGUAAAUAAUGCUUCACUGAGACAUUUGCUAAAGUGCCAGUGUCAGUUCUCUUCUUGCCCCAACUUAACACCUUUGAAGAGAAGAGUCUCAGACACAAACUUGUCAAAAAACUACACUUUCAGAGGUCACAAUGCUAUGCUGAUAGUCACAAGAUGAAGUUUAAACAGGAUUAUAUUUUGAAUUCACAGUCUAGAAAGAAACAGCUAUACUUAUUAAAAUUCAAAGAAAACCUGGCCAUAUUGAAAUAUUUUUGGUGGAGAGUAGCUCUGUACAAUUCAAUUUUAUUUUUUUAUACCCUUGAAGAGGGUUUCAGUUCUCAAAAACAACCUUCUGCCUUGUAAUGGAAGUAAAAUAAAGUCUAGCUGUUUAUUUUAA